AUGGAAAAAUCUUGCGAGUUGGAAAAACGGAUUUCAGAAACUUUGGAGGACAAAAUUCAAGAAGUACAAGGCAAGUUUCCCGCUUUAGACAUCAAGACCAUCGACGAAGGACGGCGUGGACUUCCGCUGGAUAUAUCAAGUAUGGAUGGAGUUUCUGUUGGGUCAGCUGGUCAUCUGCGAAUGAAACCGCCGCAAUAUGAUGGUACAACGCCUUAG